AUGGAGUACUUCACUUCUUGGGCUAUUGUUUUAGCCAUGGCAUCCCUAGCUGCUCUAGUCCUUUUCCCCUUUCGAUCCCACAAGCUAAAUCUUCCACCAGGUCCCAAACCUUGGCCCAUCAUUGGCAAUCUAAACCUUAUCGGCCCCCUCCCUCACCAGUCCCUGCAUAAAUUGUCGCAAAAAUAUGGACCAAUCAUGCAACUUAAGUUCGGAUCCUUCCCCGUUGUCGUUGCCUCAUCUCCCGACAUGGCAAAGCUGUUCCUAAAGACAUAUGAUCACAUCUUUGCCGGUAGACCCAAAACCGCCGCCGGGAAGUACACCACUUAUAACUACACCGAUAUUGGAUGGGCGCCUUACGGGCCAUAUUUGCGCCAAGGGCGGAAGAUAUAUCUCUCCGAGCUAUUUUGCACGAAAAGACUCGAGUCCUACGAGUAUAUUCGUGUCGAAGAAAGGCGUGCUCUUUUCUCACGUCUAUACGCCUUGGCUGGGAAGCCAGUCAUGGUGAAGGAGCAUCUCUCGCAACUCACUCUAAGCGUUAUUAGUAGGAUUGUAUUGGGUAAGAAGUAUUUUAGUGAAUCCGAAUCUGAAACUUCAAUUGUAACGCUCAAGGAAUUCCAAGAAAUGUUGGCCGAGUUUUUCUUGCUUAAUGGGGUGUUGAACAUCGGGGACUGGAUACCCUGGCUCGAUUUCUUGGACUUGCAGGGAUACGUGGAGCGAAUGAAGGCCUUGACGAAAAAAUUUGAUCGAUUCCAUGAGCAUGUUUUGGAUGAACACAGGGCAAAGAGAGGAGUGAAAGAUUUUGUUCCAAAGGACAUGGUGGAUUUUUUAUUGCACCUGGCUGAUGAUCCCAAUAAUGAUGUUAAGCUCACCAAUGACAAUAUCAAGGCGCUCACUCAGGAUCUCGUAGCAGGAGGCACAGAUACCUCUGCGACUACAGUUGAAUGGGGAAUGUCCGAACUCUUGAAGAAGCCACACCUCAUCAAAAAGGCUACAGAAGAGCUGGAUAGAGUUAUUGGGAAAGAGAGAUGGGUGGAAGAGAAAGAUAUCCCACAAUUUCCUUAUAUCAAUGCAAUUAUGAAGGAAACAAUGAGGAAACAGCCUGCGGCAGUAUUACUUGCUCCGCACUUGGCUCUUGAAGAUUGUAAUGUAGAUGGCUAUGAUAUUCGUAAAGGAACUAGGGUCUUCAUAAAUGCAUGGGGUAUGGGAAGAGACCCUUCAAUAUGGGAUGCACCUGAAGAUUUCAACCCGGAGAGGUUCUUAGGAAAUUCUAUUGAUGUGAAGGGACAUCAUUUUGAGCUAUUGCCAUUUGGGUCAGGGAGAAGGAUGUGCCCUGGUUAUAGCCUUGGACUGAAAAUGAUUAGCUCUAGCUUGGCUAACAUGUUGCAUGGAUUUGAAUGGAAUUUGCCAGACAAUACGGAGGCAGAAGAAUUGAGCAUGGAGGAACUUUAUGGUUUGGCCACGCCUAGAAAAGUCCCACUUGUUGCGGUCAUGAAGCCACGGCUCCCACUUCAUCUUUAUAAUUAGCAUGAAUUAUCCUUGUUGCAUCCGCUUUUAUUUUGUAAUAUAUAAUUUCCUACUUAAUUUGAGCACGA